AUGCUAGCUAUCACGGUCCUCGCCGCGCUCCUGGCUUGCGCCUCCAGCUGCGGAGUCCCCAGCUUCGUGCCCAACCUGUCAGCCAGGGUCGUGGGAGGAGAAAGCGCCGUCCCCCACAGCUGGCCCUGGCAGGUCUCCCUCCAGUACCUCAAGGAUGACACGUGGCGGCACACGUGUGGCGGCACCUUGAUCUCCACCCAGCAUGUACUCACUGCUGCCCACUGCAUCAGCAACACCCUGACCUACCGCGUGGCCCUGGGGAAGAACAACCUGGUAGAGGAAGACGAGGCCGGCUCCGUGGUCGUGGGUGUGGACUCCAUCUAUGUCCAUGAGAAGUGGAACUCCUUCCUGGUGAGCAACGACAUUGCCCUCAUUAAGCUGGCGGAGCCAGUGGAGCUGAGUGACACCAUCCAGUUGGCCUGCCUGCCAGAGGAGGGCUCCUUGCUGCCUCAUGACUACCCCUGCUACGUCACUGGCUGGGGCCGACUCUGGACCAAUGGCCCCAUCGCCGACGACCUGCAGCAGGGCCUGCUGCCCGUGGUGGACCACGCCACCUGCUCCAGGUGGGACUGGUGGAGCUUCAGGGUGCGGAACACGAUGGUGUGCGCAGGGGGCGACGGCGUCAUCUCCGCCUGCAACGGGGACUCGGGUGGCCCGCUGAACUGCCAGACAGAGACCGGUACCUGGGAGGUCCGUGGCAUCGUCAGCUUCGGCUCCGGCCUGAGCUGCAACACCCUAAAGAAGCCCACGGUCUUCACGCGCGUGUCCGCCUACAUCGACUGGAUCCAUGAGGGUGGGGGUGCCCAGUGUAAGAACGGGGGUCCUGGUGUGGAGGAGACAGGAGGUCCAAGGUUCAGAAAAGGAGACGUGGGGCUGACGCUGCGGCGUAGCAGUUAA